AUGGAGAGCAGCUUGCUUGACACCGCCGCGGCUGCCGGUCUUUGCCCGGCGGCGGCCGGGCGCCGCCGGGCCGGGAGCACGGCGAGCUUCCUCAGCUGCUCCUGCUCCUCCCGAGACUGCAGGGUGAGCGCGUCGUACUCCCACUCCAUCAGCCGGAUGCUGAGCGGGGUGCGGUCGGCGGCGCGCAAGAAGCUCUUCCGGAGCGACCCGGUGGCGGCCGACCUGCUGGGCAUCGCCAACUGGUCGGAUGAGACGAGCGGCGGCGCCGGGGGCCACCAGCAGCAGCAGCACUGGUGGACGGUGCUGGAGAACAACUUCGUGCUGGAGGCCACUGACGACGAGUACGGCGGGGUCGUCGUCGACGCCGACAGGCUGCCCGACGACAAGGCCGCCUUCGCGCGCUCGCUCGCGGCGUCGCUCUCUUACUGGAAGUCCGUGGGGAAGAAAGGGGUGUGGUUGAAAUUGCCGGUGGAUCGAGCCGAGUUCGUCCCUUUAGCAGUGAAGGAAGGUUUCAAGUACCACCACGCGGAGGAAGCGUACCUGAUGAUGACGUACUGGAUCCCUGAUGAUGAACCAAAUAUGCUCCCGGCGAAUGCUUCUCAUCAGGUUGGGGUUGGGGGUUUUGUGAUCAAUGACCAAAUGGAGGUCCUAGUGGUGCAAGAGAAGUAUCGCGGUUCGUCGCUGGAUGGCGUCUGGAAACUCCCCACAGGCUUCAUUCUUGCCUCAGAGGAAAUCUACACGGGAGCCAGCAGAGAGGUGAAAGAGGAAACCGGGGUCGACACCGAAUUCGUUGAUGUUGUUGCUUUCAGGCAUGCCCACAACGUGGCGUUUCAGAAGUCGGACCUUUUCUUCAUCUGCAUGCUGAGGCCUGUAUCGAGUGAGAUCAAGAUUGACGAGACAGAGAUUCAGGCAGCAAAGAGCAUGAAGUUUGAGACAGUAAAACAAGUCAAGCUUACUAACCCACCGAGACGUUUAUUUCAGUGGAUGGCACUGGAGGAGUUCGUGAAGCAGCCCUUCAUCCAGGAAGACCACAUGUUCCAGAAGAUCAUGGACAUAUGCAUCCAGCGCCUCCGCAAGUGCUACUGUGGCCUGACGCCGCACCACGUCGUCUCCAAGUUCGACGACAGAACGUCGACGCUCUACUACAAUGUCGCCGAGCCUGAGGACGUCAACUGCAGCGCUGCCUGA